UUAGAAAAGCCUGUGGAAACGGGAUGCUACAAGGCUAUUCCUUCAUUUUCUCUCCCUCCUCCAGAUUCUAAUCCAUCAACUGUCUCAAGCUGGAGUAACUUGGUCUCCUUUUUCAUCCUGUUGGCAGACAGGGCACACCCCCACCCCCCAAAAUGCCUUAUUUUGCGCUGCUGGCUGGUCUGCUAGCUUUCUCUUUCCUGGCCUGCUGUGGGCGAGGUAAACCCCUGGAGAACUGGGAGCGGGUGCCUGCCGUGGAAAACACCAAUAAAUUCUUUGGGGAGGCUGCCAAGGGGGAGGAUGACAUGAGCUUUGACUUCAAUAUGUUCCUGGAGAACAUGAAGGUGGAUUUUCUGCGGAGCCUGAAUUUAUCAGGAGUCCCUUCCCAAGACAGGACCAAAGUGGAGCCGCCUCAGUUCAUGAUUGAUCUGUACAACAGAUAUACCACCGACAAAUCAUCCACUCCUGCAUCCAACAUAGUGAGAAGCUUCAGCAUUGAAGAUGUUGUCUCUAUGUCUUCGAUGGACAGACAUCCCUUCCAGAAACACAUCUUACUUUUCAACAUCUCUAUCCCAAGACAUGAGCAAAUCACCAGGGCUGAGCUCCGGCUCUAUAUUUCAUGUCAAAGUCAUACUGAGUUGUCCUAUGAACUGAAAGGCAACAUCGCCAUUUAUGAUAUCCAAGGUGGAACAGACUUCUGGGAAGGCACAGAAGGGACCAAGUCUUUCCUUGUGUCCCAGGCCAUCCAAGAAAGUGGAUGGGAAACAUUUGAGGUCUCCAGUGCAGUGAAACGAUGGGUCAGGUCAGACCCAACAAAGAACAAAAACAAACUGGAAAUCAGAGUGGAAAGUCAUAUGAAAGGUUGUGAAAAACUAGACAUCAGUGUCCCCCCAGAUUCCAAAAACUUGCCCUUCUUUGUUGUGUUCUCUGAUGACCGCAGCAAUGGGACAAAGGAAACCAAGAUGGAGCUCAGAGAAAUGAUAGGUCAUGAGCAAGAGAGCGUGCUGAAGAAGUUGUCCAAAAAUGUUAGUACUCAGGAAGAGGAGGAAAUGGCAGAAGAAAUAGAGAAUUUCUCUGUCAGGAGACCAUUUUCAUCCAGAAGCAAAAGAAGCGCAACUCCAAAUAACCACUGCCAAAGGAGCUCCCUUCGGGUCAACUUCAAGGAUAUUGGCUGGGAUAACUGGAUCAUUGCCCCAAAGGAGUAUGAUGCAUACGAAUGUAAAGGAGUCUGCUUCUUCCCUCUUGCCGAUGAUGUGACUCCAACCAAGCAUGCCAUCGUUCAGACUUUAGUACAUCUCAAAAACCCCAUGAAAGCUGGGAAAGCCUGCUGUGUGCCCACCAAACUGAACCCAAUUUCUAUCCUCUACAAAGAUGAUGUUGGAGUGCCCACUUUAAAAUACCAAUAUGAAGGAAUGAGUGUGGCAGAAUGUGGAUGUAGGUAGUACCUGAUCACCUGUCAGGCCAGGAAAGAGGAAAAUAUUGACACACUGUUCUGGGGUGGAAGGGGAGGGGAGAUAUCAAAAGGCAUGCUCUUGUACAAAGCUAUACAUUGGUGCUGACAAUGUUAACUGAGGUAGGAAAUCUUGGAAGAGAGAAAUGAAAAAUCUAAGACUCUAAAGCUAAGUUACUUGGAACUAGUUAUUUGGAAGUGCCACUGCAAUUGGCCCUUUUAGCUAUAUGUCCAACAGGAGUGAGGUUGGACUUUGAAGAACCCAAAGAGGAUCUUGGGGAAAUAGAAUUGGGUGGGGAGGAUGCAAAAACAUUUCAGGGAAGUAAAUGGAAUGGGGAAUAGAGAAUGGGCAAGGAAGAUGAUAGAAAAAACAAACACAAAGCCAAAGAAUUGAAUGGUAGCAAAAAAUUACCUUAAGAUUAUUGAGUAUAAAGAGUGCAGCUGGAUCCAUAAUGUAUUGUAAUCUAUGAAAAUAGACAUGAAAGGUAAUAGGGAAGUAGGGAAUGAAGGUUUCACAUGGACAGCAGUGUUCCUGAGGUCAUCACCUUGAUCUAGGGCAGGCUCCCUGUCAGAAAACUAACAAUUGCUGCUUUAUGGAAUGACAAUUAAGAAUGAAUAUGCCAAGGGCAGCUAGGUGGUGAAGUGGAUAGAGCACCAGCCCUGCAGUCAGGAGUAUCUGAGUUCAAAUCCGGCCUCAGACUAGCUGUGUGACCUUGGGCAAGUCACUUAAGCCCAAUUGCCUCACUUAAAAAAAAGAAUGAAUAUGCCAAGACUGAAGAGUUAUAAUUCAUUACCACCAGGCCCCAACACAUCAUUCAAUUAUGAUUGAAUCUGCAGACUCAGGCUGGGUGAAUCUGACUACAAAGUAGAUCAGGGGCAUAAAGUACAGUAAGCCUCAUCUGCCACAGUUGUCUUCCCAACAGAGCCCUUUCAGAUCCAAACUUUGCCACUGCCAUGGCACAAAGGGGACCAGGGACAAAUGGGAUCCACCAAUUACCUUGAUUUCUCUACUGGCUCCCUUCAUAGUCAAAAUGGAUAUUAUUUAUCAUCAAAUAAGUCCAUUAUUUCACACUCCUAAGAGGUAGCAGUACUACAUGUUAUUGAAUGGUAUGUGGCAGAUGGUUCAGUUCAUGGACUCCAGUUCCUUUCAAUUAUUUAUUCAACAUAGUUGACCUUGUAUUUUCUUUGUGCAUGAACCUGCUUGUUUUUUUUCUUUCUAGUUUUCCUUUGGAAGAAUGUAAAGAGUAGAAAAUGAAUCAGGCUUUAAUUCACUGAAAUAAAUGUGUGGGAGUUAGAGAUGUCAUGCUUUGGACAUGGUUAUCCAAGAUGUACCUAUUUUUACCUUCUUUAUGACACAUACUUGAAUGAUAAGAAGCCCAGUCUUCCGUCAGUUAAGGCUCACUCUACUCUGAGGAACUCUUGGCCUUAUCUCUCCUUUCUGAUAAAAAAGAAGCUUUGCCUUAUGCAGUGUAUGCUCAGUGUUUCUUCAAGCAAUAGGCAGUGGAAAUGCUAACAUUUGUUGACUUCCUUUCUGGGUUUCUUAAGGGCAGAUGGCUUAUUUUCCUAAACAGGAGAAAGUGAAAUUGGGAAGUUUUAUGUUUCAUCAAUUAGAUCAUUCCACUUUUCAAACAUUGGAAUAGAUUAAAUGGACAGUCUGUCAAAUCAGUUUGGGUAGAAUCUCAGGGUGCUCUUAAGAAUUAUGGUAGAGUCCAACUGAAGCUGCUGACCACAUGGUGUUAAUAUAUGCCAAGCUUCAUUUUCCCUACCUCGAUGGGGGAAAGCAAGUCAGGGCAGAGGUGAGGGCUUACUUACCAUUAUCUCCCUCACCUUACUAUCACCAACAAGAUCUAGGAGGCAUUUUACCCACAUGUAGCCCUGAUCACUCACCCUGUAAGGUGGGACAAAGACAUGAGAGAAAAGCAGAGGAGACCUGGCCAAUAUAUAAUGGAUACAGUUUGGGAAACAGAGUGGCAGUGUCUUCUGGGACUAUUAGAAUUCCACCUUACACAAAUCCUUACCUUUUUCUCCAAAUAACCAAGCAUCUAUUCAAAAUGCUGAUGGAUUUUGAUGAGGGGAAAAUCUAAACAGUAGCUGGACCUACUGACCAUUUAAAUAAAUGCUUAUGUUUUCAACCAAA